UUCCAUAACCACAACGCAACCUCCACCUCAACCUGGUUGAGCCGAACCAUUCCACCUCGUCCCUCGCCCACACGCAACCAAACCCAGCGAGUUCCAGCCAUGGCGCCGCCGCCACGCCGCCGCGACUCGCCGCAGGAGCUCCCCGACGAGCUCAUCGUGGAGAUAUUCCUCCGUUUCCCGCUCGAUGAACCAUCGUGCCUCCUCCGCGCCUCCCUCGUCAGCAGGCGCUUGUACCGCGCCGUUUCCGACCCCUUUUUCCGCCAACGCCUCCACGAGCUCCACCGCACACCCCCCGCGCUCGGCUUCCUCCACAACAGGGACGACGAGGACAUCCCGCGCUUCGUCCACAGCACCGCCUCAGCCUUCCCCCUCGCCGCCCCGGACGAUCACCCCAGCUGGGAGGUGGUCGUCGAUUGCCGCCAUGGCCGCGCCCUAUUCCUCAUCCACUACCAGGUUGCUAGGGAGCUCCUCAUCUGGGAGCCAAUCACGGGCGCCCAGCACCGCGUACCUGUGCCCGCGGCGUUCGAGAACCUCUGCCCGACCGCGGCCGUGUUCUGCCCAGUGGAGGGCUGCAGCCACUACAACUGCAUUGGGGGUCCCUUUCGCGUGGUCUUCGUCUUCGCGGUCGAUGACAACGAUGAGGCCAAGUUUUUCACGUCGGCGAGCGUUUAUUCGUCGGAGACGGGCACGUGGGGCGAGGUGACCAGGAUACUCAACCGGGCCGUCUGUUUUUCUUCUCCAUACAGGUCCAGCGUGCUCGUUUGGAGGUCUCUGUUCUACUUCAUGGCUGACGGAUCCGAUAUCUUGGAAUAUGACUUGGACAGUCAUGCCCUGGCUCGAUUGGAGUCACCAGACCCCUACACGGAUACAUUUAGCCUCAUGGUGGCAGAGGACGGUGGACUGGGAGUUUGUAAAGUCUCUGAUCCACAACAACUCAAAUUGUGGUCAUGGCAGGAGAGUGAUGACGACGACACUGAUGGACAAUGGGUACUGAGUCGGGUCAUCUACUUGGGCAAUUUGCUACCAAAUGGUGCUCUGCCUCUGAGUUCACUAUCAAAGCGUGUGUUGUUCUUUGCCGAGGUAGCAAAUGUCAUUUUCGUGACCACGGAUGAUGGAGUCUUCACAAUCGAGUUACAGUCGGAGCGGGCGAAGAAGGUGUGCGACCAUCACUUCUGGUGUUUGGUUCCAGUUGUCAGCUUCUACACUCCUCUGCGGUUGUUGAACCUUAGUGAGGAAGCAGGUGGUGAGGAAGGGGGAGUGAAGGAGGAGAAAACAGUAGAGCGAGCUCAUCAGCUGUUCGGUAAGGGGACCAAUGCUGUCAAGGAGGGGGACUUUGAUCACUCCUUCAUCAACCACGACCUCAAGACCAGGAGUGUAUCAAAUGAAGAAUCAGUGAUGGGUACAAGCAGCAAAGAUGAUGCUGGGAACUCAAAGAUCUCUGGUAGCAAUAUUAUGGAUGCUGCUUCACCUUCGGAGAAAGGUGAUUCUGAAGAAGGGUCCAAACUGAACUCUGACAAGAAUUAAGGCACCUCAAAGAAGUGAAUACUGCUGAAGACAUGGUCUCAAGAUGGCGUCUCAAGCUGCAGAGUAGGGAUUAAUCUCCUAAGGGUUCGUGUGGAAGGAUGCUCCGUAUUGGGAUGAUUCAGACUCUCUUCGUUGUAAGCUCAGUGAUCAUUUGAUAAACGUUUGAUAGCUGUCAUGUGCAUGUUUCGUCAAUUGCAAGAAAACGAUACUCUGUUUUCUGUAAGACUUGUUUUGUCUGCUCUUGCCGCAGUUCUGUGUUGAAAAAAAAAUGUUUGUAAGGGUUCGGGUAGAUUUCUAAUUCUUAGAGGCAGGCUGAGGCUAUCCAAGACAUAUGUUGUUUGCAAUCAGCAUUUGUAUUUUGUAUAUGUUCUGUCUGGGACAUAACAAUUCAUUUUUGCCCAAAGGAAUUUCUCAAAACUUGCAAAGAUAGCGUGCAACCUGUUAUGCACUCACAUCAGUCAGAUUAGUAUUUUUUUUC